AUGUUGUUAUCAAGAGUUUUGCGAAGACAACAACUCCUAUUCCGAGCCGCACAACCCAAAGAUAAGGAUAAUAUUAUCAAGUUUCUGGAUAAUCAUUUCGCCAAGGAGGAACCAUGUGCAAGGGCCAUGAAACUCUCCCCCGAAAUCACGCACAACACAUUCACAACUACAGUAACCCGCUGCCUAAAAUACCCCUUCUCUACAGUAGUCCUCCAAGAGAAUGGAGAUUUGGCUGGGUGUCUAGUAGCGUCGGUUUGGAAUCGCACUGAUCCAAUUGGAAAUGCGGAUUUUGACGAUUCAGGUGUUCCGGAAAAAUUGAGAUUGUUUCUCGAAUUUUUGAAUACGGCUCACUCAAACUUCUGGAAAAUCGCUCCACCUGGAGUGAAUGCUGUGAUUCAUAGGGAGCUUGGAAGUGUGGCUCCCAAGUUCACCCGUGGCGGAAUCGCAACUAAGAUGACGUAUACAAAUUUGACGAAAACUAACUUGAGGAAAUACGACAUAGGAGGUGUGCUAUCCGAAACCACUUCGAUUGCUAAUCAGAUGGUUCUCGAGAAAGCCGGAUUUAAGUGUCUCAAAGAGAUGUCCUAUGACGUCAUCGUGGAUUCCAAAGGGCAAAAAGUGCUAAAUUUGGAUGAUGGAACGACAGUGCUUCGUUUAAAUUUCAAACCAAUACAGGACUAUGAAAACUUGCCAGAAUAG